CAUGAGUUUCAAUUCCCUCAACUAUGCUCUCUUCUUCAUGAUCACGAUCUUGCUAACUCAAUCUACGGCGUUUGAUCCACUAGAUCCGUUUGGAAACAUUACAAUCAAAUGGGACGUCGUAUCUUGGACUGCAGAUGGUUACGUGGCUGCUGUGACGAUGAAUAACUUCCAAUUGUAUCGACACAUAAUGAACCCGGGAUGGACACUUGGAUGGUCGUGGGCGAAAAAAGAAGUGAUUUGGUCAAUAAUUGGCGCGCAAACAACCGAACAAGGAGAUUGUUCUAAGUUCAAGGGAAACAUUCCACAUUGUUGCAAGAGAAAUCCUAUAUUAGUAGACUUACUUCCUGGUGUCCCUUAUAACCAACAGUUUCAAAAUUGUUGCAAGGGUGGAGUUAUUGCCUCUCGGGGUCAAGACCCUGCUGGCUCAGUCUCGGCUUUUCAAGUUAGUGUAGGUCUUUCUGGAUCUUCUAAUAAAACCGUCAAGCUUCCAAAGAACUUUACAUUAUUGGGUCCUGGCCCUGGGUACACUUGUGGUCCUGCCAAGAUCGUUCCUUCCACCGUUUUCCUAACGCCUGAUCGCAGACGCAAGACUCAAGCUUUGAUGACAUGGAACGUGACGUGCACUUAUUCACAAUUUCUAGCCUCAAAAAACCCGACAUGUUGUGUUUCCUUCUCGUCUUUCUACAAUAACACAAUCACUCCAUGUCCAACUUGUUCAUGUGGGUGUCAAACCAAGAACAAUUGCAUCAUGAGCGACUCGGAUCAACUGAAAAAGACGGGGAUAAACACUCCAAGAAAGGAUAACGCACCAUUGUUGCAGUGCACGCACCACAUGUGUCCAAUAAGAAUCCAUUGGCACGUCAAGAUAAACUACAAAGACUAUUGGCGAGUAAAAAUAGCCGUCACAAACUUCAAUUAUCGGCUCAACUACACUCAAUGGACUCUAGUGGCUCAACACCCAAACCUUAACAAUGUCACUCAAGUCUUCAGUUUCGAUUACAAGCCCCUAGUCCCUUACGAAUCAAUAAAUGAUACAGCCAUGUUUUACGGCAUGAAGUUCUAUAAUGACCUUCUAAUGGAAGCCGGACCCUUUGGAAAUGUGCAAUCGGAGGUGUUACUUCAGAAGAACAAGGAAACCUUUACCCUCAAACAAGGAUGGGCAUUCCCUAGGAAGGUCUAUUUUAAUGGUGAUGAAUGUAAGCUCCCGCCUCCAGAUGACUAUCCAGUUUUACCAAAUUCUGCAACCACAAAUCAUUUGUGUGCACACGUUACAAUAAUAUUUCUUGUGGCGGUUAUGUUCAUGUAACUCUUUUAUCAUCACAUUUAUAUUGAAAACUUGUAUUUCUGUUGUUUGGGCCAUAUUAUCCUUUCCUUAAGGCAUUAUGAGCUCAAGUAUAUUACCAUUUU